AUGAGCGACACAGAGGUCAAUAAGAGAAAAAAGCACUUUCACCGCUCACACGCUCUUGGUGAACUAGUUUAUAGUGAUGGGAAUAGUUUUAUCGAUACAUCCGAGUUUUUAGAGUGGUCUGUGAUCCUGCUGAUCGCAGUGGUCACAGCGGACGACAGUCCUCCUGGACUGGUCACGAAGGAGUCGGAACAGGAUUUAGUUGCUGAGGCGUCACAGUCUGGUGCCCAAGCACAAAAGCGAGAUGCAGGUCUUUCAAACUCCUAUGGCGAACCCUUACCCCCUGACGCGUAUGGACCACCACUGAACAUACCCAGUGAUCCACCCCACCCCGCGCCAGUCUAUGGAGUUCCAGAUACAUCAAUAUUCGCCGAACCACCACCGGGAGCUUAUGGUCCGCCUUCCCCAGUGGUAUUCCCCAACCAGAACUACGAUGGACCCCCACCCCCAGUCGGCAAACCCAAGCCAAUCUACGGCCCACCAAAAUUCCAUAUACCGAGCAAACCAAAACAGACGUACGGGCCACCUAAACCUAUUUAUGGACCACCAAAGAAAACGUAUGGGCCACCAAAGCAAAGUUUGCCAAAACCGACUUAUGGGGUGCCUUUCAAGCCACCAAAGUUAUCUUUCCCAAAACCAGUCUAUGGAGUACCGAAACCAAUAUAUGGACCACCUAAACCAGUGUAUGGGCCACCAAAAUUCACUUAUGGACCUCCAUCACCAAGUGUACAAAACCUACCUUUCCCUGACUUACCAGUUUCUUUUCCACAGAAUCUAGGAACAGUCACGGCCAGUAUUGGAAGCAUUGGAACGGGAGUUGGAAGCAUAAGCACUAUUGGAACCAAUUUCGGAAACUUAGAAACCAGUGUUGGAACAAGCAUUGGAACAAAUCAGGAUUUUGGUCAAAAUCUCCCGGCUCCGAUAUAUGGAACUCCAAUAUCCAGUUUGCCAGUAAACUUGAAGCCUAACUUCCCAAUACCAUCAGACACUUAUGGGCCUCCAGGCCACCCUCUUGGUCCAGUUGGCCCGAACGAUCAAUUAGUAGUCCAUGACUUUGGAAGUAUUGGACACUAUGGUCCUCCACAGCCAGACCCGAACCCUAGACCUCCCCACCCAGGCAUCCCUGCACCCCCAACACCUCCCCAUGUACUUUACGACGGUUGGAAACCAAUUCCAGGAAUUUCGAAGCCAUUCACGAACGUAGGAAACAUCCACACAAUACAAUCUGUCCAAAACAUUGGCCAUAAUGUUGGUCAUAUCGAAACAUUGGAUCAAUAUGGACCACCACCACCUUUAGUACAAGAAGUGACCAAGGAUGCUCACUUCUCUGGAGCACAAAUAUCAUCCGGUUAUUCCACAGUACACCAAGAUGCAUUAGCCAAUAUUGACUUGAACGCGAUCGUCGGCGGAGAUUCCAAUCACAUCGAUCAAUCUAAGACUGUGUUUGAAGCUCACUACACAGAAAAUAACGUUCCCCAUUCUGAAGUAACAUUUAUACAGAACGUACCGGAAAAAGUCCAUGAUACGUAUGGCGCUCCACCUCUAGAUUCCCUUUCCAACGGUCUCUAUCCCCCCUCCCAUAGACAACAGGGAGCUAAAGGACUGAUACCACCUUCAGGCAUCUAUGGGGUACCACCAGGUAGCCAAUAUGGUGCCCCACCGAAACCUCUACCACCUAACCUACCUCUCCCAUACGGGUCAGUUUCAGGAGGAGGUCACGCCAUACACGGCUACACACCACGACAGCCCAUAAAGUUCAGAGAUUCAGUUCCAGAGGGUUUAUUACAGCAAAUAGGACAAACUACCCAUCAUAAGGAUAUACAUGGUGUUGACCACUUGAAACAAGGGCCAGCGUAUUUACCACCACCGAUCAGAGACGUUAAAGACAUCAAUCAUAAUACCGGAAACCAUGGAUUCAGUGAUGUAUCGAUAUCCAUCGAGCCAUCGAACUUGUACACCUUGCCACAUGCGGGACAACCCAUAAAUUUCCAGUCCCAACCGAAUAGCUUAUACGGAUCUCCAAUAGAUUCCUACUCCGCACCACUUUUAACUGUUGGAGAUCACACAGCCUCCGGAUCCAACAGUAACGCUGUUACCGCUACAGUCGACGGAACUAUCCUAGCUAACUUAUCUAACUUAGAAGCGGCCGCUAUUUUGAAACACUGUCCAUACCAUGAGGCUAUACUGAGGGCGGCGAAAUACGGAGAAAAGAUACCUUCAGAAUUGGCAUCAAGUUAUGUGGCCAGUUUGAGUUCUUUAGGAUCGACUCUACAGAAACAUCAGCAAACUCUAAUGUCGCCGCAGAACAGUUUUAAUACUCCCGUUGAAGGAAGUGAAUCUGUAUCUUACAACACCAAAGAUUUGGCAACAGCAUCCCACACAUUGGUCCACACAAUCAUACCGAACCAAAUCGAAAAUGAAAAGUCGACCAAAUCGAGCGUACAGAAGGGAAAAUCUAUAAAAGAUUCCAAAGAUACAUACAAAACAAACUCCCUACAACUUGUCUCCGACCAAAUAUACCACACAUCUGAGAAAAUAAAGAAUUUGAGCGAAGAAACGAAGCAGCUACAGCAGAAGAUCGCGUCUUCAGGCCAGCAGUUGAACUUAGUAAAUGGACAAAUCGGUCAAUCCGACAUAGGAAAGAACAAUCAAGCCAUCUACUCCGUUCAAAUUCAGUCCUCAAACGGCAAAAGUUCCCCGACCAUACCUCAUGAGCAAUUACUAUCGGAAGGUCUCCUCCAAAGCAUCUUACAAGCAAUAGAAGAGCCACCCAAAGACCAGAAGCAAACCUACCAAGUACAGAACUUCGAUAACUUCCAAAAAGGAAAGGAAACUCAAAAUUCCUACCAAGCGAAUGUGAAUUACGAUAGUUUUGAGCAAGGCUUAGAGCUACCAGUUGGUUAUGAACCGAUAGACAGGACGAAAAAAGACCAGGAGACCGAAAGCUCAAACGUCCAUGAAAAUAAAAACUUCAAAGAUUUCCACGACUGCGAUCAAAGACCAGACAACUCUGUCACACAUACGAUAGUCGUCCCUCCUCCAAAUAUAGAAAAGAUACAAGCUUUAAAAGACGUCGAUAAUGAUGUUGCGAUAUACUUCGGCGAGGACGCGAAAAACGUUGACAAAAAUCAAGAACCUGUCACAGAAAUUUCCGUCGCGACGAGUAUUAGUGAAAAUGUCGAAAAAAAUUCAAAAACUCCAGAAUUCGGCGAAAAAAUUAAAAAAACGUGA